GUUCCGAGUCCACCAGCCCUCACCAAACACCCCUGCAGGGUCCUGCACCAAGACUAUUUGUGUCGCAGAUCUGAUAUUUGGUUGUCGGCGUCUUGAUGAUCCAACAACGGCCCUCGACCACCCGAACGGCUUCCUUCUCUGAGCUGAUCUAUCUAUCGUGACUGAGAAGUGAGUGAUGGCGGCCCGCAACCCUGGCCCUCGUCUGAACCAGGUGCCGGUGGGCUUCCCCUCGUUCCACCGCAAGAACCUCGUGGACAGCUACGCGCGCAAGGCCCUGUUCCAGUCGGAGGUCAACACUCGAGUGUACAAGAACGUGUUUGCCAACCUGGGCUACCAGGGGCCCAUCGACAUCAACCACAUCAUCGGCAAGAACCGGGUCCGCAUGCGGUGCAUCGACGGCGGGAGGGCGCGGGGCGUCUUCCGGUGGACACGGAUGUGGCGGAUGCAGUUCAGGCAGGCAGAGAGGGAGGGGUGGCUGAGGCCUUACGGACUGUCAAGGAGAUUCUGGAGAUAGUAAUGAAUGAAUGAACAGAGAGAUCAGCGACGUGAAGGUGUCCUGUGCAGCGAGUGGGUCGGGUUCGUGAGCUGACUGACAGUGGUGAACCAGUCAGCCGAUCAAGUGGGUGUGCAGACAAGACAGCUGUGUACGUGUUUUGUCCCACUCAAUUGGUGGGGGCAUGGCAUGGCCGGACUGACUGAUUAAUAUAGUUUGAGUACUUGCCUGCCUGCGAUGUGUUUAAUGACUGAAAGAGGCGAUGAGACAAGACACACUGUGGCUCAGCUGUGAUUGAAGGAAUGUCUU